AUGGCCGAGCUGAGCCCCCAUCAUGUGGUGAUCAACGACAAGUCGGUGGACGAGUCAAAGUCCACUGACGUUAAUGCAUCCCACCAAGAGCCCUCGAACGCCGCUCAAGGCUUACUCCAACAAUCCACCACACAACAACUGCCGCCGCCGCCCCAACUAGAUGCCUCCCCACUAGACUCGAUCUCUUCACAAGAACAUGCGCAACCGAACGGUACAGUCAACAGAGAAAUCGACAAUGCGACUCCCGACCAACAUGGCUCAGACACAGACUCCAGCCGUCCCGAUGGCUCAAAGGUCGCCCGCUCUGGCUCAGCUACCGUCAAGAAGCCUCUGUCAUUCAAGCCCGUUUCUAUCACAAAGUCCUUCCUUGCAAAGACGGCUACCACACCAGGCAACACCCCUCCGCCUGUCAAGAUCGCCGAAAAGCCAUCUCCCCAACUGGCCACCCUGCAACUGAACGCGAAGCCUCGUCUGAUUGCAAAAACCGGCAGCAGUGGAUUGCGCGACGUUCCUCAUGCUCGUCCAGGUGACGGCGCAAGCACCCCGAAUGGUAGGACUGUGUGGAACAAGAACCAGCCCGCUCCGCCUGUCCCAGCCAAGCACUAUACCGACGAGGAACUCAAGCAAAAGUACGGAAUCCACCUGGCCACACGUUUGGAAUCAGAGGAAGCGACCGAGCAAAAGGCGAAAUGGGCCGACAUUGAUGAGGACGAGGAAGAAUGGACUCCCGAGACUGUUGAAUGGAUGGACGGAACCAAGACCACAAUCAGUCAUACAGAAGCUGCCAUUCCUCAACCACAGGAGAAGCCUGUGGAGAAGCUGCAAGAGGAACUGCCUCCGACUACGACAUCCGCUUCCUCUGCUCCUUCUACUGCUCCUGUCAAGCCUGUAAUGACUGCGCUGAAGCGUACGAAUGUGGCCCCACAGUCGCGCACCAUUCUGAGACCUGGAGCUGCACAGCAGGCAAAACAAAUCGGCGCUGAUGGAAAGGCUACUCCCGACAGCAAGUCGCCCAUGUUGAAGAACUCGGCAACCGCACCCGUCAAAUCCCCUUGGGCGCCUCUCCCUCCUGUAGAAAAGGCUUCCCCAAUCACCGUCAAUCCGCCUCCAGCUUCCCAGGCUCCUCCCAGGUUCUCACACAGAGAUAAUCACGGCUUCGAUGCCAUGGCUCAACCGCCACCUACGCGUGAGAUGGCUACGGAUACAUUCGAUCGAUCUUGGAAGGAUGGCGAGAGAUCGAAUAGAGAACUUUUCAACUCGCAGUCAGGCCGUUACGAGCCUGCCCCCGAGCACCGUAGAGGAUCACGUCAGCAAGACCAACACCAUAGACAACCAGCAGUCUUACAGAGGCCGACCCCUGGAUCUGGUAGUGCAGAACCUUCGGCUGCUUUCCAAGCUCGUACGAGUUCUCAGACAGAUGCGAGCCCAUGGGGUCGCAGAAGAGGCUCUAGCAUCAGCGGCAAUAUGCUUCGCGACAGACGCAUGUCCAGCUCUAGCAAGGUGUUCGAUCCAUCUGAGCCUUCGCCCGAGGCUGCUCCUGAAGCAAACGUAGAAGCACAGCCUUCAGCAGAAGCCUCUGAACAACCUAGUCAUCAGACUGAUGGCCCUGCGCCCAGUGCCUUGUCCAUUACUGAGGAGCGCGAGAAACAGAAGAAGCUCAUGCAAGAAAAGCGUGAAGCAGCAAUUCGACGCAGACAGGAGGAAGAAGCACGUGAGGAGGCCGAGAGAAGAGAAAGGAUCAGAAAGAAGAUGGAAGCAUUGGGUAUGCCACUCGAGAAGACUCCCUCGCAAGAACCCUCUGAGAAGGUCGAAUCGAAGCAGCCCGAGGCGCCAAAGCAAACAGACGCGCCUUCCGCAUCUGCUACGAGUGCUUCGCCGGAGAAACCCCCCGCCGUCGAGCCUGCUUCACUUGAGAAGGAGCCAUCGAGCACAGAAGCGCACGUGUCGCCGCCGGUCAAGCAGCUUUCACCUCGAAAGGAAAAGGUCGCCGAGCCUUCACUUCCCUUCACUCAAAACUCGACUCCCAUCACUCGCCCUGCGCACAAAACUCUCUCAUCGCCUCAACUGCCUGGCCUUCAACAACUUUCUCCCAACGGCCCGACGCGCAGUUCUUAUCAACAAUCAACCUUACAAGGCAUGAACUCGUCAUUCUCGUCGCCAGGCGACCAAAACGCGCAACCUGCGCGCUUGUCGUCAAUCUCUGGCGGCGACGCCUUCACCGCUACACCCUGGGGCAAUGCUAGCAUGACCUCGCAUACAGCUCCUGCCCUCUGGGGUCCUCCACCUACCAACAACAGACACAUAGGAAACGGCACCUUUGAUGCGGGUUAUUCGAGCAUUUCUCCCAACUCGCGUGCUCAAUCCCAGAACGCACCAUUCACCGCACCUUUCGGCCGCCCUUACUCGUCUCGCGUCUCGCCCAAGGCAUUCGGCCAACAAGCAUCUGCGCAGCCUGGCUCCAUGGACCAGCAAUAUAACUCCUUGUCCACUCUCGAGCCGCGUCUUCCUGAGCCCAUUGGUGCUGCCGCACUUGCUGGCACGUCGCCUCUACCCGAGCCUGCACGCCUUGCCUAUCCUGCUCCUAUCGCUCCUCCACAGAAGGCCGCCCCCCGUCAGCAGACUCUGCGUGACACUUCCGCGUGGACCAACUUCUCGAACAAUGCCCAGACGGCCAGAGAAGAUGCGCAGACGGCGGCACGCCUCGAGAACGAGAGAGCCAAGCCCUCAAUGCCACGACAGUCUCAUCAUGCCCAAACAGGCUGGACCGUGACAGAGACUUUCAAACAGACACAUCCUGGUGAGAACCGUUGGCUCGAAGGCGAGACUCCUACUCGAUCUGUAGCAAAGACUCAAGAGAUUGCGCGAGGUACCAUUCAUGGCCCUCACAGAGCUGGCGCAAUUGGCGCUGCACGCCUGGGUCCUCACAGGAACAAUCAGGCCGCACAGGCUCCUCGCCCAUCCAUCGCCCAACAGUCGAUGCACCACCCUCCACCAUCUAGCGGCGAACAGUUGCACAUGGGUGGCGAAGGGAUAGUCCGCCUUCCCACCGGGCCUUCUUCUUUCUCCAGACCCGCUUACGGUAGCCCUGGCAAUACCACCACCGGCGUAAAAUUGCCUCCUCUCUCUGCGUAUGCUAGCAACGCCCAGCUUUCACCCCUACCAGUCCAGCCUUCGACACCCGGCUUGCCUCCACAACAGUCGAGAUUCUUCCCCUCAGCCCUCUACGGUGGCUCUCCACCUCCAGAAGAGGCUGAUCACCCGGUCUAUGGUGGUGAUUCCAAGCACCCUCACGUCAACUUGCCGACGCCCAAGCCCAAGGUCAAGCUGCCUCCCGCUGCUGUCGUAGAGCGUGAGCAAUUGAGCCCGACCACCAUGUCUCGUAGUGUGCAUCCUUACACUGUUGGUGCGAGACCUCUCGUCCAGACUUCGGACUGGCAGGCCAGGUUUAAUGGACUGUUCGGCAAGGCUCAAGUCAUGACCACGACCCCUCCAUCUCCUCCCAAGACGCCUCCAAAGGCGCAAGCUCCCGCCCCUGCCGUCGCAUCUGUGUCUAGGACAUCCUCAGAUUCUGUCAUCGCCGAGAGCGCAACUACUGUUUCCCUGCCACGCUCAAACUCUCCCGUGUCGACUUACACAAAGAUUGUCUCCAAGCCUGGUGUCGAUGAUAUCUUCGAUGGAGAACUUAGUUUCGGCUCCACUCCUAGAGUCUUCUUGCCUCGCGGCGUCACAUAUCCUGAAGCACCCGCUACUGCUUCCACACCUGUGCGAGCAAACUCGAGGUUCCACAAACCCGUCGACUCUCAAUCGAAGCGCAUCCUCUUCUUCCCCGACAGCACAAAGCACGAUAUCACAGUCAACAUCAAGCUUCCACUGCCUUGGUUUGUCACCAGGAAGGUGACCUUGGAGUGCAAGAACCCAGCCGCCCAGAGUCGCAAGAACUCCAACAGGCCCAAUAACAAAAACAAGCGAUACGAGUCAAGCAACGCUGUCACUGAGACGCCCGACACCGCGGUCCCUGCCGCUACCGGAGCAGUACCUGGCAAGCCUCAUAACAUCACUGUUGCAGCUGAGAAAGGCACGAAGACCCCGCUGACCGAGAACACUGUCGCUUCAAACUCAAACACAGAGAAUGUCGCUUCCAAGAAGACCGUGUGGGCCAAAGUACCCAAGGUACCCCGUGGUCGCGGCCGCGGCUCAUACAGAGCACAAGCUUAG